AUGGAGGAGAAAUCAAAUUCGUUCUCCAGCGCUAACAAGGAAGGCGAGAAGGCGGACGGGAAUAAUGUGUUUCAACGGCAGGACUCGAUACAGAAGAACAAUAUGGGGAGCCAGAGCUUAAAGGAGAACAGCGGCAACUCCGUGGGCUUCAAGGGGGAGCGGGAGGAGGCCAUGGUGGGGUUCGACGACCUGGACGCGGCGGCCAGACAGAACACCUUCAUGCAGCGGCAGUUCGGGGCGAUGAUGCAGCCCGGAGUCAAUAAGUUCUCGUUGCGGAUGUUCGGCAGUCAGAAAGCCGUAGAGAAGGAGCAGGAGCGGGUCCAGACCGCCGGAUACUGGAUCAUUCAUCCCUAUAGCGAUUUUAGGUUCUACUGGGACCUGAUCAUGCUCAUCAUGAUGAUGGGCAACCUGAUCAUCAUCCCGGUGGGCAUCACCUUCUUCUCGGAGCAGACCACCACCACGUGGCUGGUGUUCAACGUGGCCUCGGACACCAUCUUCCUGGUGGACCUGGUCAUGAACUUUAGGACGGGCAUCGUGAACGAGGAGAGCUCGGAGAUCAUCCUGGACCCCAAGGUCAUCAAGAUGAACUACCUGAAGAGCUGGUUCGUGGUGGACUUCCUCUCCUCCAUCCCCGUGGAUUAUAUCUUCCUGAUCGUGGAGAAGGGCUUUGACUCGGAGGUGUACAAGACGGCCCGGGCGCUGCGCAUCGUCCGCUUCACCAAGAUCCUCAGCCUGCUGCGGCUGCUGAGGCUCUCCCGGCUCAUCCGCUACAUCCACCAGUGGGAGGAGAUCUUCCAUAUGACCUAUGACCUUGCCAGUGCGGUGGUGAGAAUAUUCAACCUGAUCGGCAUGAUGUUGCUGCUGUGCCACUGGGACGGCUGCCUCCAGUUCCUGGUGCCUCUGCUACAAGACUUCCCUCCGGACUGCUGGGUAUCCCUAAACGGUAUGGUUAACGACUCGUGGGGCAAGCAGUACUCGUACGCCCUCUUCAAGGCCAUGAGCCACAUGCUGUGCAUCGGCUACGGCGCCCGGGCGCCCGUCAGCAUGUCGGACCUGUGGAUCACCAUGCUCAGCAUGAUCGUGGGCGCCACCUGCUACGCCAUGUUCGUGGGCCACGCCACCGCCCUCAUCCAGUCGCUGGACUCCUCGCGCCGGCAGUACCAGGAGAAGUACAAACAAGUGGAGCAGUACAUGUCCUUCCACAAGCUUCCUGCGGACAUGCGCCAGAAGAUCCACGACUACUACGAGCAUCGGUACCAGGGCAAGAUCUUCGACGAGGACAACAUCCUCAGUGAACUCAAUGACCCGCUCAAAGAGGAAAUCGUCAACUUCAACUGCCGUAAGCUGGUGGCCACCAUGCCUCUGUUCGCCAACGCCGACCCCAACUUCGUGACGGGCAUGCUGAGCAAGCUGAAGUUUGAGGUCUUCCAGCCCAACGACUACAUCAUCCGCGAGGGCACGGUGGGCAAGAAGAUGUACUUCAUCCAGCACGGCGUGGCCAGCGUCAUCACCAAGUUCAACAAGGAGAUGAAGCUUACAGACGGCUCCUACUUCGGGGAGAUCUGCCUGCUGACUAAGGGCCGGCGGACGGCGAGUGUCCGUGCCGACACCUACUGCCGCCUCUUCUCUCUGUCCGUGGACCACUUCAACGAGGUGCUGGAGGAGUACCCCAUGAUGCGCCGCGCCUUCGAGACGGUCGCCAUUGACCGACUGGACCGCAUUGGGAAGAAGAACUCACUGCUGCUGCAGAAGUUCCAGAAGGACCUGAACGCCGGCGUGUUCAACACGCAGGAGAACGAGAUAUUGAAGCAGAUAAUCCGGCAGGACAGGGAGAUGGUGAUGAUGGUGGACCGCAAGCACUCGGUCAGCGGGAUGAACUCCACCCCAAUGUCUGGAAACUCCAUCAUUAACUCCCCCGCGCAGCCGCCCUACUCCACCUCCAUAGGCACCAAUCAGCUCCAGCAGUCCGCCUUCCCCCUGACCUACAGCGCCUCCGCUAUCGCCAACGCCUCCGCCGCACGCAUCCUGCCGGCCGCCGCCGCCCAGGGGGUCUUCAUGGCCCCCGGGGUCUCCUUCGGCAACAUGAGCGCAGCCGGCUCCUCCACCUCCAUCUCCCCGGUCGUGGUCAACCUCCCCUCCCUGCAGCAGCAGCAGGGCGCCAUCAUGUCGCCGUGCUCCUUCACCGCUGCCAUGUGCAGCCCACCCGUGCAGACCCCUCUGGCUGGCCGGAGCUUCCAGUACCGCUCGCCCACCGCCUCCCAGCUGUCCCUCAUCCAGCAGAGCCUGCCCCCGGCCCAGCAGCAGCAGCAGCCCCUUCCCCCCCCACAGCAGCAGCAGAUGGCCCAGCCACCAGCGCUGUCGAGCCCUGCCUCCGCCGCCUCCUCCACGCAGCAGUCCCCCGGGCAGCAGCAGCUCCUCUCCUCGCCCCAGAGGGGGGAGCACGUCCUCAAAGGCUCGCCGGCGCUGCAGUCGGUCAGUCUGAGUCGAGACGUGCGCCACCUGUCGGCCUCCCAGUCCUCCCUGCCCCACGACGCCACCCCGAGCCCCAGGGGCCACGCCCCGCCCGGGGACUCCCUGGCGUCCAUAGCGCCCCCGGCGGCGGCGGCGAUCCAGGGGAUGGCUCUGCAGGGGGGUCUGCGCACCACGGUACCCCAGCGGGUCAACUUGUUCCGCCAGAUGUCGUCGGGGGCGCUGCCGCCCGUGCGCUCCGCGGUGGGGGCGGCGUCGGUGGGCGCGGGGCUGGGGGUCCCGGGGGCGGCCGGCGGCGUGCAGCACAGGGAGUCGCCGGGGUCGAGGAGGGAUUCUGUCCUGAGCAGUGCAGAGACCGAGCAGGACAAAAUGCGUUUUUCAUCCAAUUUAUGA